AUGAAUAAACGAACUGAUUCAACUCAAAAAGAAGAAAAACAUACAACAACUACUGCAAAUCAAGAACAAAUUUCUCAUCAAUUAAUUGUUGGUUCCAUUAAAGAACAAUCUGAUAAUAUGAUCGCAUUAUCGUCUUCAACACUACUAGAAAUAAACAUAGAUUUAGAGGAUAUGGUCUUGAUUCAACGUGGUGAUUGUCGUACAAUUGGCAUUAUAGUUCAGGAUGAAAAAUAUCCACAUGGUCAUGUUAGAAUCAAUCGUACCACACGAUACAACCUAAAUGUUCAUUUUAAUGAUAUCAUUAAUAUGCAACUGUGCGAAGACAUUGACGAUGGUCAAAAAACAUGUGUUUCACCUUUUAAGGAAACUACACAAGGAAUAAGUAUCGACCUACUGGAAGUUUAUUUAACGCCAUAUUUUGCUGCAAAUUAUAAUCGACCAGUACACAAAGAAAAAUCAUAUUGUAUUGUUGGAGAGAAAACAGUUAUACAUUUGGAUGGUGAAUCCAUUGAACGUACAGAAGAAGAAGGGUUAAUAAAUUAUAUUAGUUAUCAGGAUGUCGGUGGUGCAAGUAAACAAUUGAAAAAAAUCACAGGACUGGUUGAAUUAUCGUUAAGAUACGCACAUCUAUUUAAGACAACUGGUUUUGAACCACCACGUGCCCUAUUAUAUGGACCACGAGGCGUAGGCAAAAGAUUAAUGGCACGUGGUAUAGCUAACGAAACUGGUGCAAAUUUCAUUUUAAUUGAUGGAAUGCGAAUAACGUCUGAAUCAGAUGGUGAACGAGAAGUAAUAUUAAGUGAAGCAUUCGAAGAAGCUAAUUAUGUGGAUUAUCCAGGUGAAAUAUCUUUAAAACAAAUUUAUGGCACAUUCAAUCGAGCAAUGUUAAAAAAAUUUAAUAAUAUUAAAUCAUCUGCUGAUUUAUUAACAAAUGCUAUGGUUGAAUGUUUUCUUCUAACACAAGAACAAUUUACUGUAGAUCAACAACCACAUUAUGUUCGAGGUAUAAAUGAAGCUAUUCGUAAUGUACAAAAUUUAAAUGGUGAAGAAUUAAUUCGAUUUUGGGCACAUGAAGUUUUACAUUUAUUUCAUGAUCGAUUGAUAUAUGAUUAUGAACGUCAAUGGACAGAAAAAGCUAUUGAUGAAGAUGAAUUAAGACAGUAUAUUCAAGGACGAUUAAAAACUUAUUAUGAAGAAGAAGUAGGAAUUCAAUUAGUUAUUUUUAAUCUAGUACUUGAUCAAGUCUCAACAAUUGAUCGAGUAUUUCGACAACCACAAGGUCAUCUUUUACUUAUUGGUUUAUCUGGUACAGGCAAAGCUACUCUAUGUCGAUUUGUACGUAAUAAAUAUACAGCUCCUGGUUUUAAUGAUGAUUUACGUCAAUUAUUACGUCGUUCAGGUUGUAAACGAGAAAAAAUUGUCUUUUUACUUGAUGAAUCAAAUGUAAUGGAUAGUAGUUUUCUUGAACGAAUAAAUACUGUAUUAGCUAAUAGUGAAGUACCUGGUUUAUUUGAAGGUGAUGAAUAUUCAGCAUUAUUAAAUUUAUCAUCACGUUCAACAAAACAUUUGCCCGAUCAAGCAGCAUCUGCAUCUUCAUAUCAUCCAAAUGCUGGUUCAGUAACUCCAACACAAUCACCAAUUCGUUCAAUGAAUCCUUCAUUAUCAAAACAACAUUCUCAAUCAUCAACUGUUUCAUUAGCACCGCAGUAG